CGGCAUUAAGUUCCGUGUAAAAUAUCGAUUUUGGCGCCAAUCAAGUGAACCAAAUAAGUAUUAAUUAAAAAUUAGUUAAAUUGAAGUGUGCAUUUCGGUAGAAAAUGUAUAAAUUAUUCAGAUAAAAAUAAUAUAUACUUCUUUAAAAUGCCUCAUGGCAGCUUAUCGGCGGCAAAAAGUGAAUAUUUGGAAAUUGGCGAAUACAAUUUUUCGUGGCCAGGAGAAAAUGGAACAUUUCACGACUUUGGUUCUAUAAAUUAUACAAUGCCGUCAGGACCGUGGUAUUGGCCUUGGUGUCCCUUAUGGAGAGUGCCUCAGCAUCCACUGUUUCAGUUAUCGAACAUGCUGUUUGUGGCUGCUUAUUGCGCCCCGAGCACCAAAAAAGGCCAACUUUGGAUGCAUACUAUCUUGAUUUUUGGCUUCAUGCUAUACUCUGUAUGGGCCUGGCAUGUUAUAUGCUCCCCGGACGCCUUCUCCUGGAACUUCGGCUUCGUUUUCUUAAACCUAGCUCAAGUCGUUUACUUAGUAUACGAAAUGAGACCUGUCAAAUUUGAUCCAGAACUAGAAGAAGUUUACCACACUCUUUUCGAACCUUUUAAGGUAUCGAGACUGCAGUUCAAACGCAUGGUAUCCCCCGACUUCGCUCACGUGAUGUCUUUGCAUGCGGGCGAGGCAUACGCUAUGCAAAAUUUAACCAAAACAGAUCGACUUGGACUCCUGCUGUCUGGCAAGGUUAAUGUUAUGAGUGGACAUCAAUUUCUUCAUCCGAUAUUGCCGUGUGAGUUUCUCGAUUCACCAGAAUUCGAAUCGAGUAGAGCUACGAUUGACGAAAAAUUUAAGGUUUCAAUAGUGGCGGCAUCAUCGUGCCGCUACGUAUAUUGGCAACGUAGCUCCUUGGAAUACUUAUUCGUAAAGGAGCCGUAUCUCGCUUGCGUAGUCACGACAUUGAUCGCACGAGAUAUCACAACUAAACUGUAUGCUAUGAACAAUAAGAUCGUAACGGAAAGGGGAUCGCACUUAGACAUACGACUGCCCAGUAUAUCGCAUGCAUUGGCACGAAGUCCGAGAAAACUGCGGUCAGCGAACAAACCGCCGCCGCCUACUACAGUGCAGCCGGUACCGCCGGAGAAGAGACCGAGUUAUUGGUCUAGAGAUACGGAGAACACGGUGGCGAAUCUCGCGAAACGUAACGGCGUGACUGCAACUUAUCCCGAAGCGGACGAGGAACUGAUCCCGCUUGCGGCUCACGAGGCUCCCGCGGGCUCGUCAGACGACCUCUCAAUCGCCGACAGCUGUCCGGACACCUCCUCCAAGUACCACAGCUGCGAGGCUGUUGAGACUGAUGACGAUCUCAGACACUGAAAUUACGACAUACUAACGUCUAGUCUUUUCACAGUAAAAGAUCGUUAGACGUCAGCAAAACUAUUCUUUGAGAAACUGACACUCGAUCCGCGAGGAGUAGGGCUACUCUGUAAGAACAAACUCGAGACCCACCAUAGAAAUCGGUCAUGAACACAAUUUCAAGAGUACACGCAUCAAAAUAUUUUAUCACUCGGUUGUCAACAUUUCAUUGGUAAGUAAUGAAGUGAGUUCUUACAGAAGAAGCUCAUCUUAAAAUGUUGAAAAUCGACUAUCGCAUAUACCUAUUACAUUACUAUUUACAUAUGAUUAUCGAGUUUUCGAAUUUGUGCUGUUAGAAGAACUAUAUUAGUGGCUUGUAAUACAAAAGACUGAAGUUAAUAAUACAAAUUUAUUUAAAU